GGGCAGGUUAGGUGGUUGGCAGGUGAAUGGUGGAGGCCAGCCAGGGCUAGGAAGGCUUGAGAAGGAUGGGAAAACAGAAAACCCAUGGCAGCUCAAGCUCUAGAAGCGCCCAGCCCACCUAAAGAAGAGGACGCAUGCGCGAAAGAUGAAGGGGAGGCCUGGGUGAGUUGUCACCCUCAAGGGAAACCAUCAUUGUAUGGCAGCUUAACUUGUCAAGGAAUUGGCCUAGAUGGCAUCCCAGAGGUUACAGCUUCAGAAGGAUUUAUUGUGAAUGAAAUAAACAAGAAAAGCAUUCAUAUUUCAUGUCCAAAGGAAAGUGCAUCUUCUAAGUUUUUGACACCAUAUACUACUUUUUCCAGAAUUCAUACAAAGAGUAUAACAUGCCUGGACAUUUCCAGUGGAGGAGGCCUUGGUGUGUCUUCUAGUUCUGAUGGGAGCAUGAAGAUCUGGCAGGCUUCAAAUGGAGAACUCAGAAGAGUUUUGGAAGGACAUGUGUUUGAUGUGAAUUGUUGCAGGUUUUUCCCAUCAGGCCUUGUGGUUCUGAGUGGGGGAAUGGAUGCUCAGCUGAAGAUCUGGUCAGCCGAAGAUGCUAGCUGUGUGGUGACCUUCAAAGGUCACAAAGGAGGCAUCUUAGAUACUGCCAUUGUUGAUCGAGGGAGGAAUGUGGUGUCUGGUUCUCGAGAUGGAACAGCACGACUUUGGGAUUGUGGGCGUUCAGCCUGCUUGGGAGUCAUUGCAGACUGUGGUUCUUCCAUUAAUGGAGUGGCUGUGGGGGCCGCUGACAACUCCAUAAACCUUGGCUCCCCUGAGCAGAUGCCCAGUGAUCGGGAAGUUGGAACAGAGUCAAAAAUGUUGCUGGUGGCCCGGGAAGAUAAGAAGCUUCAGUGCUUGGGACUGCAGAGCAGGCAGCCGGUGUUCCUCUUUGUGGGCUCAGAUGCCUUCAACUGUUGUACUUUUCUCUCUGGUUUCCUGCUGUUGGCGGGGACACAAGAUGGAAAUAUUUACCAGCUGGAUGUGAGAAGUCCACGGGCUCCAGUGCAGAUCAUUCACAGAUCAGGAGCUCCAGUUCUGUCCUUGCAGAGUUUCAGAGAUGGAUUCAUUGCUUCCCAAGGUGAUGGAAGCUGUUUCAUUAUUCAGCAAGAUUUGGACUACGUCAUUGAGCUUACUGGGGCUGACUGUGACCCUGUGUACAAGGUAGCCACAUGGGAGAAGCAGAUCUACACAUGUUGUCGAGAUGGUCUUGUGCGACGCUAUCAGCUUUCUGACCUCUGAGCCUUUUGAUGGAGAAGUUCUAGUUGGUGAACAGGAUCAACCAUGAGCAGAAGCAUCAGUCCUCCCCAAGUUCUGUGGCCCCCUAGUGUCUGUCUUCAGCACCCAUAGGAAGUCACAUCAUGUGGGCUGCUCUAACACAUGUGGAACUCUCAUUGCUCUGAACGGAGUAAGACGCUCACGUGUGCUCACUGCCUCUGCCCCAGCUUCUUCUGUGUAAACGCACCCACAACAGGGCAAGGAUCUGGAGACUUACAGUUUGUUCUUAAACUAGUCGUAUUAAAUGUUUACAAGGAACAGAGGCCUGGUCUCUGGAAGAAAUAAAGAAUAUGUGUUUGUAGAAGCAU